AUGAAGCUUCUCGGACUUCUUUUGGUCGCCCUCUUCGUGGUGGCGGCGAGCGGGAAGCAGUGCGCGACGUUCGACCGGCUGAUGGACUACGACCCCACCGCCCCCCUUCCCCCGGGAUACAGCGAAACCGGUAUUCCAGGCGUCAUCCUCAACGAACACAACAAGGUGGUGCGAAUCGACAGCGAGCCCGGCCAGCCCGCCAACUUUGCCCAUCUUCAGGGCGUGUCCAACUCCUACUAUGGCUCGCCUCUGUGCGUGCUCAUCAUUGACUGCGGAGCCGCUAACGCUGGCUGCGUCGACACCUCGUUCGUGCCCGCCAGCGGUUGGGCUAUGGACGAGAAAGUCGUCGUUGGCGAGUUCGGCGAUGAGCUCGAGAUCAGCUACUCGCCUGCUCAGCCCAUCGACGGUGUCUUCGUCGACUUCCGAUACUCUGUAUGGCUGAGCUGCAAGGAGCACAAGGAGUGGACCUUCGAGACCAUCAGCGACCUCAUGCUCAAGGACGCCAUCGCCAGGAACGUGAAGAAGCUUAAUAAGCUCAAGGAGAAGAUCGCCCUGCUUCAGAACAUUCUCUUCGAGAGCACCGAGCAUUCGUGCGAGAGCAUCUCGAACGUCGUGAACCUCGCCCCGGCUGCCCUCCACUCCUUCCAGUUCCUCGAUGAAUGCAUCAUCGACAGAAACUCGCAACAAAGCCGAGUGAAGGAUGUUAACAUGUUCUCCCAAGCACUGAACUGA